AUGUCAACUUCUGCUACUCUCGAUCCAAGCGUCGCAUUGGACAAUUCAAUGGGCGCUAUGUUCAUUGGAGUCAUUGUGAGCGCGGUUCUUCACGGGAUCACGCUUCUACAGGCGUUCACAUAUUGGAAUAAUUACAAAAAAGAUGUGUGGUAUCUCAAGACACUUGUGUCAAUAACGGUGUCAUUUGAUGCGAUUCAUCUGGUGAUGAUCUCCCAUGCAGUGUACCAUCAUGUCGUUUCCAAAUAUCACAGUGAUAAGGAUAGUCUCCGAUUCAUUACCUGGACUGUGUUGUUUCUACACUUUGCGUGUGUUUCGCCGUAUGUACUUCCUCUCAAUGCCAAACUACCGGAAUUGCUCAUCUAUCAACACAAUAUAGUAAGCAAGAGAAACUACUGGCUCGCAGGGACGAUCUUCUUCCUCAUUCUGGCGACAGCAGGUUCUGGAACCGUCUGGGUUAUCUUAUCCCUACAGUUUGAGACAUAUGAACAACUACUGUCGAUUACGCCGCUGACUAUUACGAUAAAUGCUCUCUCAACCGUUGUUGACGUAGCAAUUGCUGCCAGUCUGUGCAUCAUGCUUCAUAAUGCCCGCACCGGAUUUAGGAGAUCAGACACAAUUAUAACAAAGCUUAUAAUUUUUGUCGUGAACACGGGAGUCUUGACAACGUGCUGCGCUGUCGCGUCUUUGAUUUGUCUCAUUGCAUCCCCAAAAAGUCUAAUCUACGCCACAUUUUACUUUUGCAUUGGAAGAUUGUAUACCAACUCGUUCUUGGCGACACUUAACGCUCGCAAUUCGUUCACUAGUCAGAUUGACGAGAAUACAACCUCACGCAUGAUGGGAUCAAUACCGACGAGCGUCAUCAGCGGUCAUCAAGCCGCUACUAAUUCGAUGAAAAUGAAGAACAUCACUAUUCGCAUCGAUACCUCAACCACCAAGGAUGCGCUUAACAAUGGUGCCAACCACUCGGUAGACGCUCUAAAAUCCCAGAGUGAAAAAAGUGAAGACGAUGUCCGUGUCAGGGCAAAGAAUGGAGAUCUUUACUGA